AUGGGGAGUAUUGCUGAACAUCGUGCAGAUUCAACUACAGUGCUGUACUGGACAGACUUGAGGAAGCUGCAUCCCUCGUACGGUGGUAAGAUGCCGGAGAGUCCACUGAAGGUGACAGGAAACGGCAACUGUCUGUUCAACGCUGUCAGUAUUGGUGUCUUUGGGUCAGAAAUCAGAGCCACAGAACUGCAAGUGAGGACAUGUAUUGAAAUGACACUGAAUGCUCCAUACUACACUGAAUUAUCAGACAACAGGCGUCUGACUCUUGUCAGUACAGACUACACAAGCGCUACCCUGGAAUGUGCAAAGGAUAAGUCACACUCCGGUUGGACUGUCCACGCUGUGGCUUCUGUUGUUGGAAGAAACAUUAUCUCGUGUUAUCCCCCAAUCAAUGGCAUGAUGGAUCAGUCUCUUGCUAUCCUCAACCGUACAUUUGAAUCUCGCAGGACAUCUUCCGCCAAGCCCAUUAAAAUACCUUGGAGUUGUACCACACCACCCCCUGCAUCGGAACUCGACAGGAUUCGGUUACCUAACCACUUUGUCCUACUUAGUGAGCAAAUUCAACCCCCGAUGAAAAAGAGGAAAUGGGCUACAGUGGGACUACCAGAUAUUACCAUCAGUAACUGCCUCUUAGAUCAAGGCGACGGUAGCAGUGGUGAAAGAACUCGAUGCGACAGAGACCAGGGAUGCUGUCAUCACCACCUUGCCUACACCAUCAGUGAGGCCUCCUAA